UGAAUGCAUCUCAUCUCAUUUUUGCGGCGGAUGAGAGUGCUGGGAGCGGAUGGUGCACUGUAGUUUUGUAGCGGAUUUUACUGGCUGGUUGUAUGUCUUUGCCCGCGGCUCUGUGUGGAGUAGUAGACGGAGCGGAGACGCUGGAGGCCCCGCAGUGUGAGUGUAUGAACCGGCGCUGCUGCUGCUGCCUUCGGGCGACAAUGACGAUGAGGUUCCGCUGGUCUGUCUGACGCUGGGAUUUCCACUUUUCUUUCUGAGGCUUUCUCCUCUUUUAAAUACGUUGCAUUUCUACAAAUCUGGACACCUCUGCAGCGGUUUAUGUCGAUUCAGGUUGGAGCGGAAUGAGCUCACGCUUCCGGUUGCCUGCUGGCAGAUCCUACAAUGUCCGGGCGUCAGAGCUGGCACGUGACAGACAGCACACCGAAGUGCUUUGCAACAUUGUUCUUUUGGACAACACCAUCCAGCCUUUCAAGGUUAACAAGCAUGAUCAGGGACAGGUUCUGCUGGAUGCCGUCUUUAAGCACCUGGAGCUGACUGAGAGAGAUUAUUUUGGGCUGCACUUGACAGACGAGUCCUCCGACAGUCCGAGGUGGCUGGAUCCAAACAAACCCAUCAGGAAACAAUUAAAAAGGGGCUCUCCUCAUCAUCUGAACUUCUGGGUGAAGUUUUUUGUGAGUGACCCCAGCAAACUUCAGGAAGAGUACACACGGUACCAGUACUUUUUGCAGAUCAAGCAGGACAUUCUUUGUGGGAGACUGCCCUGUCCGCACAACACUGCCGCUUUACUGUCCUCCUAUGCCGUUCAGUCUGAACUGGGGGACUUCAAGGAGGCAGAGAACCCACCCGACUACCUUUCAGAGUUCUGCUUCAUCCCCAACCAGCCGCAGGGCUUCGAGAAAGAAGUAGCCAAGCAUCACCAGCAACACAGUGGACUGAGCCCGGCUGAAUCGGAGUUGAAUUACCUGAAUACAGCUCGCACGCUGGAUCUGUACGGCGUUGAGCUUCACUAUGCAAGGGAUCAAAGCAACACUGAAAUUUUUAUUGGGGUCAUGUCAGCUGGAAUAGGCAUUUACAAGAACAGGGUACGAAUCAACUACUUUCCGUGGUUGAAAAUUGUAAAGAUCUCAUUUAAAUGUAAGCAGUUCUUCGUCCAGCUGAGAAGAGAAGUGAACGAGACACGAGAGACUUUACUGGGCUUCAACAUGGUGAACUACAGAGCCUGUAAGAAUCUGUGGAAAGCAUGUGUGGAGCAUCACACCUUCUUCCGUCUGGACCAGCCCGUGCCACCGGAGAAGAACUUUUUUGCACAUUACUUCAGCUUAGGGUCCAGAUUUCGCUACUGCGGAAGGACAGAAGCGCAAUCAGUGCAGUACGGCAAGGAGAAGGGAAUCAAGGACCGAGUGUUUGCCAGAUCUCCCAGCAAGCCCUUGAUUAGAAAGCUGAUGGGUGUGACCGAUUGGGAGGCAGUGAGCAGAAACUCCAUGUCUGAAGAGAGGCUGGAAACCCGCAGCCUGCCCACCCGCUCGCCUCCUGGAACCCCCAACCAUAGAACUUCUUUGUUUGUGCAAGAAGGGCCUCGGCCGCGGCCAUCAUCUGUGGGUUAUCUAGUGGAACAUGUUAUUCACACCUCACCCAGCCUGCCUGUUUUCACCAACCACAAAUCAGCCUUUUCAACACAAGCCAACAGCAUCAGUCUGGACUCCACACCGUCUCCAGAAGGUAUGGAUGGGCCACCUCCAGCUCUGCCGCCCAAGCAGUCCAGGAAGAACCUGAGCCAGCUUAUUCUCUCCCACUCUCAACAGGAGCUUGACAACCACAUCAGUGAGAUGUAUGACAUCCCUGUGGCAACAGACAAGACCAUGAUCAAUGGCGUAAUCCCUCAUGAUAAUCUUGUUCUGAUUAAGAUGAAGCCAGAUGAAAAUGGAAGAUUUGGAUUUAAUGUGACGGGAGGUUCUGAUCAGAAGAUGCCUGUUAUUGUGUCUCGAGUGGCACCAGGAACAUCUGCUGAUUUGUGUGUACCCCGACUGAACGAGGGAGAUCAGGUUGUUCUGAUAAACGGUCGUGAUAUUUCAGAGCACACUCAUGACCAGGUAGUCAUGUUCAUCAAGGCUAGCUGUGAAAGCCACUCUGGGGAGCUCAUCCUGCUGGUCAGGCCCAAUGCGAUCUACAAUGUGGUAGAGGAUAAGCUGGAGAUGGAACCCGACUUCCAGUACAUCCCAGCUAAAACACCUUCAGAGGCGUCUCAGCUGGAUCAGGAUGCCUGGAGAGACUCUAUGCAGCACUUGAAAGAAGGUCUCAGCACUGGUGCUCUGCUUACCCAGUUUGAUCACCUCUAUCGUAAGAGACCUGGUAUGACAAUGUUGUGUGCCAAAUUACCUCAAAACGUUUCCAGAAACCGCUACAGAGACAUUUCACCAUACGAUGCCACGCGUGUCAUCCUGAAAGGCACUGAUGACUACAUAAAUGCAAAUUACAUAAAUAUGGAAAUUCCUGCGUCCAGUAUCAUUAAUCGCUAUAUCGCCUGCCAAGGCCCCUUGCCCAAUACGUGCUCAGACUUCUGGCAGAUGACAUGGGAGCAGGGCUCCUCUUUGGUGGUCAUGCUCACCACUCAGGUGGAACGAGGCAGGGUGAAAUGUCAUCAGUACUGGCCCAACCCUUCAGAAAGUUCAAAUUAUGGUGGCUUCCAGGUUUCCUGCUUAACAGAGGAAGGAAACUCUGCAUUCUUGGUCCGUGACAUGACCAUCACUUACAUUGAGACAGAGGAGACCAGGGAACUAACUCAGAUCCAAUAUGUUGCCUGGCCUGACCAUGGUGUGCCCGAUGACUCAACUGACUUCCUGGACUUUGUUGCUCUGGUACGGAGUAAAAGAGCAAGAAAAGAUGAGCCAGUGGUUGUCCAUUGCAGUGCUGGGAUUGGUCGGACGGGAGUGUUAAUCACCAUGGAGACAGCAAUGUGUUUAAUGGAGUGCAGUCAGCCUGUGUAUCCGCUGGACAUUGUGAGAACUAUGCGGGACCAGCGGGCCAUGAUGAUCCAGACCCCGAGCCAAUUUAAGUUUGUGUGUGAGGCCAUUCUGAAGGUGUACGAGGAGAGCCUGGUGAAGUCCAUACUCUACAUUUCAGAAUGACAGAAUGCUGCCAGCUUUCAUCAUCUCGAUUACAAUCUUCACCUGCCGAUCCCAGAACCAGCUUCGCUUAUACACAUGCAGAUCCUAGAGGAGUUUGCUGACCAAAACUUUCUCAUUGUUGAAAGCUUUUCACAGAACCACAUGAACAGCUGAAACAGAAACCAGGUCUUAAUCAUAUUUUUGGCUUCUGUGGAUUAAUAGUGUCAAGUGAUGCUCUGCAAUUCAUACAAUGUAAAGGUCAGAAGUGGUAUACAAAAAAUGUUGUUCAGCAUACUUCUACAUGCACUGUGUACAUCAUGGCUCCGCAAAUGGGGGUUCAUCCAAAAAAAAAAAAAGUCCUGAGCCAGGAACAUACGUGGGAAUUGAAACCAAGCACUGUUGCACUUUACACUGGCUAACAAACUAUUUGCCAAGUUUCAAGAAAAUGGGGAGUAAAUAAGAAAAGAAAAAAGAAUUUGGUACUCGUAGGAAAUUCUAAGUG